AGUGCCUGAACGGUGAGCAUUAGCCAAGCAUGCUGGGAGACACAAAACUGAAAGAAAUGAGUUACUGUAUUCAGAUGUCUUGAAUUCUCUUUCCAUACAGUCUACUAGAUCCAGUUCUGUUCCUAUAAUCCCCUUUUUACUUGAUGUAGGCAUUCAAUGAACAAAUCAACUCGUAUUUGAACUGAGCAGAAGACACAUUAAAGACUAAAGUCUCUUUUGGAGAAAAUGUCUCAAGGACAGCUCAAUUCACCUAACCAGACUUUCCAUUUGAUCACAAAUGAUACAGAAUCCUCAGCAUCCAGUAUUUUUAAUGAUACUAUGGAUGAGGGAAAGACUGAAGACACAUCUCUAGGAUCACGAAUCCUGUGUACCAUUUUUUUGACUUAUUCCGUGAUCAUUUCGGUGGGUCUCCUUGGAAAUGCUGUUCUCAUCAAAGUCUUUUUCAAGAUCAAGUCCAUGCAAACAGUUCCAAACAUUUUUAUCACCAGCUUGGCUUUUGGAGAUCUUUUGCUUCUAAUAACAUGUGUGCCAGUGGACGCGACCCAGUAUAUUGCAGAUACCUGGCUGUUCGGAAGACUCGGUUGCAAGCUUCUCUCUUUCAUCCAGCUCACUUCAGUCGGCGUGUCGGUGUUCACACUAACUAUUCUCAGUGCUGACAGAUACAAGGCAAUAGUGAAGCCCCUGGAACUGCCAGCCCCUGAUGCCUUCUUGAAGACCUGUGGGAAAGUUGGCUGUAUCUGGAUCCUCUCCAUGGUUCUUGCUAUCCCGGAGGCUGUAUUCUCAGAUUUAUAUCCUUUCUAUAAUCCUGAAAAAAAUGAGUCUUUUGAAGCCUGUGCUCCUUAUCCUGUUUCUGAAAAGAACAGGCAAGAGGCUCAUUCUGUCCUAUGCUUCUUGGUCUUCUACAUUAUUCCCCUCUCUGUCAUUUCUGUCUACUAUGUUCUGAUUGCCAAAGCUCUUUACAAAAGCACCAUCGAAAUACCCGCCGAAGAGCAAGAACAUGCCCGCAAGCAGAUUGAAUCCCGCAAGAGAGUUGCCAAGACAGUGCUGGUGCUGGUGGGGUUUUUUGCUAUCUGCUGGCUGCCUAAUCAUAUCCUUUACCUCUAUCGGUCCUUCAAUUACCAUUCCUCCAUUGAUUCCUCUACCCUUCAUCUUGUGGCCACCAUUUUCUCUCGGGCUCUGGCUUUUAGCAACUCCUGUGUAAACCCCUUUGCUCUUUACUGGCUGAGCAAAACUUUCCGGGAGCAUUUUAAAACACAAAUCUUUUGUUUCAAGUACAAAUGUCCCAGGCGUUCAACUGUCACCAGGAACCUGGCCACAGGCCUUGCUUCAGCUACCGGGAGCACCCAGGUCUCUGAGAUUAGUGUGACCUUGCUCACUGGGUAUGGUGGGAAGAAGGAAGAGGAUAGUGCCUCUUCUGUUAUCAGCUAAAGAGGGCAAGCAUCAAGCUUUUUGCAAGUGUAUGUGUAGCUAGGAAUUCUGGGGAGGAGCAUAACACUGAAUUACUCAUCUUUGAAUUGUAUCAGAGACAUUUAAGAGAAGGUUCUUGUCCAGUCAAGCAUCCUCGUGUGUGUGUGCGUGUGCGUGUGUGUGUGUGUGUGUGUGUGUGUAUUGUAUUCUUGUGAGUGAAAACUUGACGUUCUAAAACUUUCUAAAUUCUAGAGAGAAAACAUUUAGUAGAUAGAGACAUGCAUGGUUAUAGAAAGAGAAAGGGAAGGAGUAAGAGGAUGAAAUUAACCCCACUAAAAAUGUACAACUCAAUAUAUAGGAGGAUAUAUUUUCAGGAAUAUUUCCUUUCAAAAAAGGUCACACGUAACUCACAUUUCUAUAGUGCUUCAAGCAUUGGAAAGCAUUUUCCUACUAACUGCCCCAUGAGGCAGGUAGUGUCUGUGUCGCAAAUGAAGAAGUGGUAGAUGAGUGAAGGCAAACGAUUUGUCUAUAGGCACGUGGCUAGUACCCGACAGAUCUGGAAUGCCAAGGCAGAUUUCAGAUACCCAAUGUCUCUACAUCACACUAAAUACUUCUCCCAGAAUCAAAGAAUUGGAGAUUUAGAGAUAGAAGGGCUCUUUGAGGUCAUCUACUACUUAAUCAAGAAGCAUUUAAUAAACAUCUACUAUGGGCCAGGGGCUGGGUGAGGCUCUGCAGGUUACAAAUACAAAAUCAGCUAUUCCCUGUCCUCAAAGAACUUACAUUCUCCUAGAAGAGACAACGUACAUAUAGAGAAUUCAAUACAAAAUAUAUACAGAGUAAAUGCCAGGUGAUGUAGUUGGGGAGGGUACCUACACCUGGAUGAGGAAAAGUUCUACUCAGGAGGUGACAGACAUCUGAACUGAGCCUUAAGUUGAAUUGUGUAGAGGUGAGGAAGGAGGAUAUCCCAAGAACAGCUUGUAUAAAUAAAGGUCAAGAGGUGGGAGAUAAAGCCAUGGACAACAGAAACAUUUCUUUUGUCUAUGAUACCCACCCUGACAAUAACAUGUACCCUUAAAAUAAACUAUCUUGCUUUUGAAAAAAAAGAGAAAAACUAAGUUAUAGAACCCAAAUCCUUCAUGGACUGUGGAUGACAUUUCUAACUUUUCUCACUUUGUACUACGUGAUGGACACCAAAUUAUGCUACUUGCAUCUCUGCUCUGCCAUACAGAUGCAAAUUAUAUUAUUCCCUUUGUUAGGAAAAGUAGCAAAAAUAGAGAUAAUAAAGAAUCUUUUAUACAAUUUCUUUUAAAAAACAGGUCUAAUAAUUGAUGGGAAAUGUUCCUGUUUUCCAUUGUUCUCUCUUCUACUAUCUCUAAAAGUUUAAUGGAAAAUGAAAUGGGAAUGUUUUGAGGUUGGCAAGUAUGAAUAACAUACCCUGGUAUGGUUCAUCUGUCUGUCUUACUGCUUCUGUAAUCAGAGACAAUGGAGUCUUACUUUUCCCUUCCAUUUAUUAACAUCAGUCAAAAAGUUUCCAUGAUGGGCUGACUUUAUGUGAAAAUGCAAUAGGUGGUCAGCCACAUGGUGUCACAUGAAGGGUAUAGGGAAGGGAAACCUCCCCGCUCCUCUGCCCCAUCCAAAAUGAUCAUUACCACGAGCCAGCCACAAUAUCUGAGAUCCCACCACUAUGGACGCGUUAUUUGGAGUGAAGCAUUGCCCUCUUCCUGUACCUUGUUUUAAAAUACAACUAUUCCUGGGAGCCCUUUCCAUCUCAGUGUGAAUAAGUUUAUUCAGGCACACUGAAUUACAGAAAGUACUUCAUGACCUCUGUGAUGAUUCUGAAGGUGAUUUCUGGGCACUCAUGAGAGCAUUAGAGGUUUCAGGGUUCUUUAUUAUGGCUAACUUCACUUGCAAAUUCAUAGUGAUCCUUUUCUUUGAUAUUGUGAUAGUGGUAUAUAAACACUAUUCUUGUGUUUAUGUGACAUAAAUGUGAUUAUAGUUAUCUAUCUAUCUAUCUCUAUGUAUACACACAUAUAAGUAAUAAGCAGUACCUUUGUUUCUCACCAUGAUUAAGGUGUCUUUUGCUUACAAAUGCAACAGAGAUUUUCCUGAGGCCAACAUCUCCUGAGGUAAAAGGGCAAGAGUGCUGCCCUGGUCCCCAUUGAAUGGAAAAAGACCCAGAGGAAGGGCUUGGGCCUGGGUAGAUCCUCUAUGUGAGAUAGAUGGGAAGACAUGGACAAGAACUGCAAAGACCAAAGUUGCAAGGGGGAAGGGAAGGAGAAAGGGGACAAAGCUGGAAAUGCAUGUGCUGAACACAAGAGAAAGAUUUCUCAAAGUGGAAUUAAUUCACUGAGUAGUAAAAGAUUGAAAAAAAAGGAGAGAUAGGGAAGCAAUACUGAACCAUUAGUAAGGUGGGUGUUUUUAACACAGAGACUUUGCUAUGUUGGUUCUCUGGAGCAUCUUGCUGGCUCCAUUUGACGUUCAAGAAUCCAAAAGGAGAAUUAGCCGUUGCUGGACUCUCUCUUUGGGCAUCCAGCAUUCAGAAGCAGGUAUCCACAUUUAAGGCUCUGAUUUUCCACCUGUGACUACUAGCUUUUAGCAUACAGAACAUUGGCAGUCUUAUGCAUGGACAAAUACCCUCUCCCUCCACAUUUUUGACUGCAUAAGUCAGAGGAGUUGUCUCAGACUGUACUGGAAAGGUUUGGAAGCCAAAUGUAAAUAUUUUCAUCCAUGAUGUGAAAAACACUGUUCAAACAAGGACUGUCCAAGGACUGUGUCUGGAAAUAUCAACAAGAUUUUGACUUUUGUUCAAUGUAAUGUAAAUGUUGUUUCCUGAAAGUCAACUUUACGUGAAUAAACUUUAAGCAUGCAUGUAAAAGUAUACAUUUAUAUUUCCAUAAAUUUAAUAAUUAAUCGUACUUGUAUAAAAGUGAAAAUAGUAUUUGUGGUUAAUUGUGAUCAUGUGGGGGGGAGGGGGGCCUUUCAGUUGUUGUAGUCUGCUUCUUUUUAAAUGACUCACCCUCGUGGUCCUGAGUUCUUCUGAAUGUUGUAAAGAAUUAAAAGAAAGGGACAACUGAUGAAUUCUGUCCUUCUAAAGUAUUUUAAAAUGGUUUACUUAAAAUAAGCAAUGCCUGUAUUGUAUUAGUAUUGUAUAAGAGUAUAAUAAAUCAGCAGG